AUGGCUGGAACAUCGGAGCACAGGCCGCACGUCGCGGAGCGCCACGCCGAUCAGGAGGGAAUGGUGAAGAAUAUAAGCUUGGGACUCAACAGGAUGCGGCCACUUUAUACCUCCUGCAGCGAGCACUACGCCCAGCUUGACAGGAACCUCCAGGAUAUCACCUCGCCAGCUGGCACGAGCGACAGCGACUCUUCCAGACGCGACUGUAGCCCACGCUUCCUCACCCUCAAUACUCUGCCCCGGAUGCCUUCCACGUCACCCAUCUUCCAGAAGGCAGACCCGACCUCUUCACCCUUCCUGCGAUUGCCAACCGAGAUUCGACUGCAUAUCUACUCUCUUCUCGUACUCCCCCGGCAUGCUACCGAUCUCUGUCCAUCUUUCGAGAAGAUCACCGCCAGCACGCAAGAUUACUUUGACUACGACAAGAAGAAACACGGCACCGAUCUGCCUCAGAGCACGAUUUUGUCGCACCCCACCUUACGAAUCCGCACCGUCGACCCAACUGUGUACAAGACGCGCUACCCGGGAGGUCACGCUCGCGCGACGUACAGUAUCCGAGCAGAUCGCUUCCGAGCAAGAUGCAUGGAAACCACAUAUCACUGCGUAAACAACCCUCGAAUUGAAGAGAAUCUUGCCAUCAUGAGAUGCAACAAGCAGAUCCAUGCCGAAGCUGCGGAGCUCCUCUACGGAAGCUACACCUUUGAUUUCGAUACUCACAUUGAGAGCAUUAUCCCAUUCCUGUCCGACCUAUCACCUUACUCGCGCAGCUGCAUCAAGAGCAUUCGCGUCGUCAAGCGCGCUCUGCCGUAUCUCAAAGAAUUCGACAAGUGUGAGUGGCACAAUGCCCUCCGAUAUGUCACAUCCUCCAACAACAACAUCCGGCUCCGGCGACUGGAGCUCGGCGUGGUUGCAGGCAGGCCGGGAGAGAAUGGUUGGGACAAAGUGAGCAGAUACAACGCCGGCGAUUUUGAGCUCUUGCGAGGUACGGAUGGCAUGGAAUGGAUGCAGUACUUGCUGGAGAUCAGAGAUUUGCAAGAGGUGGAUGUGGAGCCUGUCAUCGAACAUUGUCCACCGAGCACAAGCAGCACUGCAAUGGCCAGCUACGUACGCUUCUCUGCGAGCGUCGGAGGUGGCUUUAGCGAAUGGCUGAAAGGCCAGUUGCUCGAUACAAAGGCAACCGCUCGAAUCGGCGGAGUCGCUGCUUGA